UGUCCGGCGAUCUUUCGUUCCCAGAACGUUGAAUUCUUGUCGCAAGUGCCUAAUCGCGGAAUCAGCUAAAGAUGCCGAAAAAGGCGGCCAAAAAUGGAUUCUUUUUCUAUAUGCUCGAAUGGAAGCAACGGGCUGAGGCUAGUGGAAGAAAGACGAUCAGCAUGCAACAAGUGCAGGAACAAGCGGGUCCUUCGUGGGCGGCUAUGAACGCGGCCCAGCGUGCACCCUACUUAGAAAAGGCAAAGCAGAGCAAAUUGAACGGCGGCAAUGGUGUUAAGCUGACCUCGCUGGGCAUCCCGGUGUCACAGAUCGAUGCGGAAAGGCGCGAGAAGGAAGAACAUGCCGCGUCGAUCAUCACGCGGCUGAAAGCGAUGCUAGAAACGGCGUCACAGAAUGACACGCUCGAGAGUCUGGAUUUUUAUAUCAUCUCAUUCGCCUACUUUUGCGUUAACUCCGACGGUGAUUACUUGCCGGCCGAGAUGGCCGUUGUGCGAUUUAACCUGAAGGACGGAGUACACACCAAGCUCCACAUGCUGAUCAACCCCGGUAGCCUGCCGCUCGGUAUGGCCUACGACGCCCAGCAGCACGCGAACGAAGAUCAUCAGCUGCCCACACCACCGGACGCACUGGGUGAAUCUGAUUUUGAUAUCAUUAACCAUAAGUUGCUGCAGUUCCUGGGCUACAAAAAUGGGCAAAUACCGCUUCUCUUCACCGAGCGGGACGACGUGGCCAAGGUGGAGAACAUGCUGCAGGGUAUCUUCGGUGUUAGCGUCACCAAGGACCAGCUGUGCGUCGGUUCGCUGGCCGACAUGUUUUACCAUCUGAAGCGUGCCACCGAGAAGCACGGACUGGACGCAGAAACCUUCGGUUCGGUGCAUCGUGCCCAACUCUUAAUCACCAAAGACAUUUAUGAUUACACUAUCGGCAUCGCCUGUGACUUUCAUGAGGCCAACAGCAAUGUGAAGAACUGUGCCCUGUCACGGUGCGUCCGCUGGGGCUACGUCAUAGCGGAUAACUGCUGCAUGGAUCUGUGCAUCGAGCUGCAGCCCGGAAAGCACGUACCGACCAACGCCGAUACGACAUCGCAGUACGCCACGCCAGCGUACAGCUGCAACACUAGCAUGAGCGGUGCGUACGAUCAGGACGAUAAAUCGUUCGUAUCCUACGCGGCGGUCUCUCAACUUACGACUCCCUCUUAUGGUGGGUCGAGUUUGAACAGUGGUGACCGCCGGGUCAGCUCCACCGUAACGUCCAACGCCUCGACCGAUACCAAAGUGGAUGUGAAGCGGCCGGUCAAGCUGGAGUAUGAAUCGCCGCUGAGUGUCGGGGAACCAACGCCAAAGCAACAGCACCGUGAUUGUGAUCUGCAGAGCAAUUACGCUUGGUCAGCCGUGUCCGGCAAGAGUUCUGCGAGCCGAGGUCGUGGACGGGGACUGAUACUGAAUGAUUCAACUACUUCGCAAGGCAUUGGACGCGGCAAUCUGCUCAAAUAGUUUUCUCUUUUCCCUCUUUUUCCAUAUUUUUCUUCCACAUCAUUUCUUCGCGUUUAUUAAUAAUAGCAAUAAUCUGCCCAAUCUCAAGAAGAAACAUAGUUAAGAGUUGUUGAACAAAUGCCAAGGCCCUAUUCCUAACCGGCCCGGCAGUGAUGAAUUCCAUUUUUUAUAAUAAAAUGACAUGAAAGCCAAA